AUGACGAGGGGCCUCCUGCCACCCAAAAUAUCUCUCCGCAGCCCUCGGGUGCGGGGCGCGCGCGCCACGAGCCCCCCGCCCGCUCGCUGCCGCGCGGUCCCGCCCCCAGGGCCGACGGCAGGCGCGCGAGGCGCGUGCGCGUGCGCGUGCCGGCACGAGGCCGGAGCCCAGCGUCUGUCUGGCAGGCAGACAGGUGCCAGCAGCUCGCAGCCUGGCGUUCCCGCUCUGGGGGCCGUCCGGGAACAGAGGCGCGCGAAGUGCGCGUGCGCGGCGGCGGAGGCGGUGGCGGCGCAAGGCAGAGCCAGAGCCCGGAGUCAGUCAAUCAGGUGCGGGCGGCUGGAGCAUGGCUUUGUGAGGCCUCUGAGGGGACCUGGCGGUGGCGGCCACGGCGGGACGGGCCGCCCACCAGUUGAACUCCGGCAGCUGAGGCGGCUGAGGAGGUCUUAUUUACUUCUAGGAAGAUCGGAUAACUUAGGAUGCUCAUACCAAGUUGGAACAAAAUCAAUUAUUCCUACUGACCAGGAACUGUAUCCAGAAAGAGAGAGAGGCAUAAGGUGGCAAUGGAGAGCAAUCAGGCAAGAGAAAAAAAUGAAAAGUAUCCAAAUAAGAAAGAAGGAGUCAAACUCUCUCUCUUCACUGGCAAUAUGAUUCUAUACUUAGAAAACCCUAAAGACUCCACCAAAAGGCUACUAGAACUGAUAAACUAUUUUAGCAAGUUUUCAGGAUAGAAAAUCAAUGCACAAAAAUCAAUAGCAUUUUUAUACACCAACAAUGUCCAGGCUGAGAGUCAAAUCAAGAACAUAAUCCCAUUUAGAAUAGCCACAAAGAAAAUGAAAUGCCUAGGAAUACAGGUAACCAACGAGAUGAAAGAUCUCUACAAGGAGAACUAUAAAACCAUGCUGAAAGAACACAACUCAAAUAAAUAGAAAAACAUUCCACAUUCAUGGAUUGGAAGAAUCAAUGGCCAUACUACCCAGAGCAAUUUACAGAUUCAAUGCUAUUCCUAUCAAACUAUGAACAUCAUUCUUCACAGAAUUAGAAAAAGCUAUUCUAAAAUUCAUAUGGAAUCAAAAGAGGCUGUAUAGCCAAAGCAAUCCUAAGCCAAAAGAACUAAACCAGAGGCAUCACACUACCCAACUUCCAACUAUACUGUAAUGCUGCAGUAACCAAAAGAGCAUGGUACUGCUACAAAAACAGAUGCAUAGACUAAUGGAACAGAAUAGAAAACUCAGAAAUAAAGCCAUACAGCAAAGACAUGGAAUCAGCCUUGGUGCCCAUCAUUGGUGGAUUGAAUAAAGAAAAAAAUGUUUUUCAUAAAACACCAUGGAAUACUAUGCAGCCACAAAAAAUAUGUCCUUUCCAGCAACAUGGAUGGAGCUGGAGUGAAUUAAUGCAGGAACAGAAAACCAAAUACUGCAUGUUCUUACUUAUAAGUAGGACACAUGGACAUAAACAUGGGAACAAUAGACACUGCAGACUACUGGUGAGGAGGCAUGGGUUGAAAUACUAUGUAUUGGGUAGCACGCUCACUACCUAGGUGAAAUAUACCCAUGUAACAAACCUGCACAUGUAUCCCCUGUAUCUAAAAUAAAAGUUGAAAUUAAAACAAAGAAGAUGGCAAUGUAAUUUGUGUAUUUUGUUUUGUCUCCAUUCAUUCAGCAAACAUUUAUUAAACAGUUAUUGU